GUCGAUUUUGAUAAACCAUAUUUACGCGUUUGUUUUAAGAUUAAAAAAGAGUUGAGUAAUAUAUUCAUAUCUUUAGGUCUAAUCUUGUGGUUAAAUUCGUAAUAAAAACAAACGUUAAUCAUGGAGGAAUUUAAUUCGAACGGAUCAGUAGUUAACGGUACAGGAUCUAUGGAAGUUCCUCAAUCUAAUGCUGAAGUUAUAAGGGGACAAAUAUUUGAAGUGGGUCCUCGGUAUAUUAAACUCGCCUAUAUAGGUGAAGGAGCUUAUGGAAUGGUUGUGUCUGCGGAUGACACGCUAACAAGCCAAAGAGUUGCAAUAAAAAAAAUUUCGCCCUUUGAACACCAAACUUAUUGUCAAAGGACUCUCAGAGAAAUAACCAUAUUGACCAGAUUUAAACAUGAAAACAUUAUUGAUAUUCGAGAUAUUCUUCGAGUUGAUAGCAUAGACCAAAUGAGAGAUGUUUAUAUUGUACAGUGUUUGAUGGAGACUGAUUUGUAUAAACUACUUAAAACACAGAGGCUAAGUAAUGAUCACAUCUGUUACUUCUUAUAUCAGAUAUUGCGUGGACUGAAGUACAUUCAUUCCGCAAACGUCUUGCAUCGGGACCUUAAGCCGAGUAAUUUACUGUUAAACAAGACGUGCGACUUAAAAAUUUGCGACUUUGGAUUGGCUCGUAUUGCAGAUCCCGAGCACGACCAUACUGGCUUUCUCACAGAAUACGUUGCUACCCGGUGGUAUAGAGCACCUGAAAUAAUGCUUAACUCAAAAGGAUACACAAAAUCUAUUGAUAUAUGGUCCGUUGGCUGCAUUUUAGCUGAAAUGUUAAGUAAUCGUCCAAUAUUCCCUGGAAAACAUUAUCUGGAUCAACUUAACCAUAUUCUUGGAGUGUUGGGGUCGCCGUCCCGAGACGAUUUAGAGUGUAUUAUUAAUGAAAAGGCACGGAACUAUUUGGAAUCUUUACCAUUUAAGCCAAAUGUACCCUGGGCAAAACUUUUUCCAAAUGCUGAUGCGUUGGCUUUAGACCUCCUUGGAAAAAUGUUAACAUUUAAUCCGCAUAAACGGAUUCCUGUCGAGGAAGCUCUUGCACAUCCCUAUUUAGAGCAAUAUUAUGAUCCUGGAGAUGAGCCUGUCGCUGAAGUGCCAUUUCGAAUUAAUAUGGAAAAUGAUGACAUUUCUCGAGAUGCCCUGAAGUCGUUGAUUUUCGAAGAAACUUUAAAAUUUAAGGAACGACAACCAGACAAUGUGCUAUAAGCUUUAAGAAUUUGAGUAUAUAGUAAAACAAUUGCUCUACUUCUCCAUUAGUAUAACUUUUUUUCGUAAUUUCUCUAUGUUUAUUUAGAUUCAGAUUAGAGUUUUAACACAAAAUCAUGCUGAAUUGAGACAAACUCCGAUUCUUACAAAUAUCACAUUACAGUGAAUAUGAAAAAAGCCCUAAUUAUUUACUAAAGAUAGGAACUAAAACUAUGUGUGAUGUUCGUAAUAUGCAUAACAUUUUUUUAUUUAUUUUAGAAGUACCUAAUAAUUAGGCUACCUGAUGUAAGAAACGUGUAUUAUAUUGAGAUAUUAAUCUCGAAAUAUUAAAGAUCUAUAAAAGAAAGUAAAGAAGUUUACCAAAAUAAAUCAAACUAUGUACA